CAUUGCUCUUCCUGGAUACUGAGUUCCCAGGGCCGCGGUGGAGAGCGCGGCGCGAGGGCUGGGGGCUUGGGGAAUUGGGGGCUGGGAGGCUGGGAGGCUGGGAGGCUGCGGGCUGAGGGGCAGCAGGGUCCUCCCGCCUCCCUGGGGCGCCCUGCUUCCUGCCCUCGCGGAGCGCUCCCGGCCUCCCGCGCACAGAACCCCUUGCUGAUCUGCAAAGGCGCCGGGUCAUAGGCGCCCGGGGAGGGAGGCCUGCCCGGCGUGCGAGCACACAUGGAGGAGUUUCGGCGCUCCUAUAGCCGCCUGUGCAGGGAGAGCGGCGCCGAGCCCCAGGAGGCGGUCCUGCAGCAGCUGCAUCAGCUCCCGAUGGGCCGGCUGGACCUGGCUACGCACAGCCUGACCGUGGACACCUGUAGGGCCCUGGGCUCGCUUCUGCGGAACGAGGCGCUGCUGACCGAGCUAGUGCUGAGCGACUGCAUGCUGAGCGAGGACGGGGCUGCACUGCUGCUCCAUGGGCUUUGUGCCAACUCGGUCCUGCGGCUUCUGGACCUGAAGGGCAAUAACCUGAGAGCAGUUGGGGCCGAGGCUCUGGGGAAACUCCUGCGGCAGAACAGGGCCAUUCAGAGCCUCACGCUGGAGUGGAACAGCCUGGGCACCUGGGAAGAGGCCUUCGCCACCUUCUGUGGGGGCCUGGCAGCCAACAGCACCCUGCAGCAGCUGGACCUCCGCAACAACCAGAUCAGCCACAAGGGGGCAGAGGCGUUGGCCCUGGCCCUGAAGGGCAACGCCGCCUUGCAGCAGCUGGACCUGCGUUGGAACAACGUCGGCCUCCUGGGGGGCCGGGCCCUCGUGAGCUCUCUCCCCAGCAGCAGAACCCUGUGGAGGCUGGAGCUGGCCGGGAACAACGUGCCGGGCGACAUCCUCAGAGCCGUGGAGCAAGCCAUGGACCACAACCAGAACCGUCGCACAGCCUUCCAGGAGGCCCAGGCCCGAACCCGUGUCCUCAGCAAAGAGGUCCAGCACCUCCGGGAGGAGAAGUCCAAGCAGUUCCUGGACUUGAUGGAGACGAUCGAUAAGCAGCGAGAAGAGAUGGCCAGGACCGGCAGGGCGACGGCAGCACGUGUGAUGCGGCUUCAGGAGGCCCUGGAUGAGCGGGGCUCUAUCGUCAACGCGCUCCAGGCCAAGCUGCAGAUGACCGAGGCCGCCCUGGCCCUGUCCGAGCAGAAGGCCGAGGACCUAGGGGAGCGCCUGGCCUUGGCGCAGCAGGAGCAGCAGAGCCUGCUGCAGAGGCAGGCCCAGGAGCACCGGCUGGAGCAGCAGGAGGCAGCAGAACGGGAGGCCAAGCUGCUCAGAGACUUGGCUGCUGCCCACGAGAAGAACCUGCUGUUGCGAAACCAGGUAGACGAGCUGGAGCGGAGGGCGAGGUCCCAGCAGGAGCAGCUGUUCCUGACCAGACAGGAGCUGGCCGAACUGAGGAUGCGAGCUGUGCAGGCCGAGGAGCGCCUGGAUGUGGAAAAGAGAAGGUCCAAACAGAGCCUGGAGGGUGCAGAGAACCUGCGCUCCAAGGAGGUGGAGCACAUGACGCGCCACCUGGAGGAGAGCGAGCGAGCCAUGCAGGAGCGGGUGCAGAGGCUGGAGGCAGUGCGGCUGUCCCUGGAGGAGGAGCUGAGCCGAGUGAAGGCAGCCGCACUCAGCGAGCGUGGCCAGGCUGAGGAGGAGCUCAUGAAGGCCAAGAACCAGGCCCGCCUGGAGGAGCAACAGCGCCUGGCCCACCUGGAAGACAAGCUGCGGCGGCUGGCGCAGGCACGGGACGAGGCCCAGGAUGCCUGCCUGCAGCAGAAGCAGACGGUGGCUGAAGCCCAGGCCAGGGCCAGCCAGCUGGGCCUGCAGGUGGAGGCCCUGCGGCGGCGCCUGGAGGAGCUGCAGCAGGAGCUGAGCAACAAGGACCAGGAGAGGGUGGCAGAGGUGGCCAGGGUGCGAGUGGAGCUGCAGGAGCAGAAUGGCCGCCUACAGGCGGAGCUGGCGGCCCAGGAAGCACUGAAAGAGAAGGCAGCAGCCCUGGAGCGUCAGAUGAAAGUGAUCGCGAGUGACCACCGGGAGGCGCUGCUGGACAGGGAGAGCGAGAACGCGUCCCUCCGGGAGAAGCUGCGGCUCAAGGAGGCCGAGAUAGCCCGCGUCCGGGAGGAGGAAGUCCAGAGGGCCAGCGUCUUGCAGAACGCCGUCCUGGCUUACGUGCAGGGGUCCCCUUUGCGGGCCCUGAGUCCCCAGAAGUGAAGGGAGGCGAGGAGGCCCGCCCCGGGAGCAGUAGGGGACUGGCAGGCCCCAACUUCACACAAGACUGCGUCCCACCCGCCACCGCCCCUUCUCUAGGGACAGCCGUCGGGGCCACAGGGCUUGGACAGCACCACGGUGGGACUGCGCGGCUCUGCGGGCGCCUGCUGGGCAGACGCACUGCCUGGCUGGCCAGGAGCGCCAAGUACCUAUGCCAUCCCAGAGAAUGACGUGCCUUAGAGCAAGGGGCACUAAGGGGAGCCUGGGGGGCGCUUCUGCACUGUAACCGCAGCGCUCGCGCGGGUCUGUUAAUACACAACUUUCGCACUUCCUAGUA